AUGCCCCUCGCGGACAUCACCAACCUGCCGGCCGAGGGUCCGGCUACGCCGCUACGGGCCGGCGACGAUGCGGAGGGUGCGGCCACCACCACCGCUGCCGGUGCUGCCCCCGCUGCUGCUGCCGAGGAGGAAAUUCGCCCGGCCGCGCCCACGCCCGAGCCCACCACCGCGCCCGCCACGCCCGCCGAGCCCGCCCAACUCCCCGCGUCAGCGCAGGGAGCGCCCGUCAAGCCGGGCACCCUCACCCCCCAGCCGGCCACCGACACAUCCCAGUCGGACAAGACCGCGGUCGCGAAAGCGACCACCCCAGCCCCCGACACCACCAUCCCCUCCCCCGUUCCCGUCCCUGCCGCCCAAGCGGCAAACACCACCGACGCCGUGCCCACCGUCAAGGGCAACCCCCACUAUGCGGCCGGGGUCAGCGGCAGGGACUGGGACGCGGAAGCGGUGCGUGCCCACGUGGUGGCGGACAUCGCGCGGGCCGAGGCGGACCCGGAUGGGCUGCGCGGGUUGUGCGUGGUGUGUGAGGAGGAAGCGGGGGGAAGCGGUGGCGCCGGGGGGCACUGCGUGCGGUGCAAGGUGGCGCGGUACUGUUCACGGGGCUGUCAGGAGGCGGACUGGCCGGUGCAUCGGAAGGUGUGUGGGGAGUUUGCGGGGGCGGUGGCGUAUGGGGAGAGGCCGAGUGAGGAGCAUCGGAGGGUGGUGUACUUUCCGAUGAGGGGGUACAAGCCGGUGGUUUGCUGGGCGGUGUAUCGGGAGACCGGGCAGGAGGCGUGGUUGGAGUUUGAGAAGGAGAAUCGGGAUUUGGAGGAGUUUUUGGGGAGGAUGGGGUUGAGGAGGAUUGCGCCCGGGAGGAUGCAUGCGCCGUUGAGCUUUGGGUAUCCGAUUCGUGACCGGCGCAUCGGCAGCAUCAUCAAGGUCAUGGCGUACUCGCAGAUCCAUCCCAAGCGCCGCGGUAUGGCCCCGGCCCUCGUGAACCAGAGCAUCAACGCCAUGAGCAAGCCUGGUUACAUCCGCCCCUGGUUCGGCCCCGCGGUCUUCUUCGCCGACGCGCGCUACCCAGACCAAGACGAAGCCGCAGCAGCCCCCAAGAUCCGGGACAUCACCCCCCGCGACGUGCACACCAUCGCCCGGCUCCUCGAAGUCAGCGACGCGACCUGCAUCGCCGAGCCCGCCCUCUACCGCGGCGAUGGCACCACCCACGCGGCCGCGCGCACCGUCAUCGCCGGCCUGCGCGUCAACGACCCCGUGGCCGAGCUCAACUCGGCCCUGGGCGUGACCGAGGUCUAUGAUAUGACCCGCGUGCCUAUGACGCCGGCGUAUGGACCGGAUCGGCCGAUGGCCAUGGCUUUUCAUUUGGGCUUGCGCUGGUAUGUGCGCCCGGGGAAUUUUGUGGGUGAUGAUGGGGGUACGGUUAGGUGGCAUGAUGGGAGCUUGAGGUUUAUUGCUUUUGUUUGUGAUGUGGUGCAGCAUCAACAUCAACCUGAUCAAGACGACAACAACAAUGCCGACGAGACAACCAGCGAGAAGAUGCUUUCGUACAACACCGUCUACGGCUACGGCCAGUUCGAGGCGAGCAUCAUCCUCAUGCACGGCUCAGGCGAGCCCAUCGACACCCACCACAUCCUCGCCCUCAACGCCUACCUGGACGAGGCAUACACCAUCUCCAAGGGCGCGCCCUCGGUCGGCUCGUCCUCUGCCCCGGUCGUCUCGGAAGCCGGGUUCCGCCGGUACUGGGCCAGGUACUAUAAAAAGCUCCGUUCAUCGGACCCCAACGUGAGCGUACCGUCGCCGUAUGAGUACGAGAAGAAGGGCGUUGUGGAUGUCAUUGGCGAGUAUGAGCCCAAGGCUGUCAUGGGCAGGAUUCGGUCCGAGUUUCCAAAGGUUUGGGGGCUGGUGUGCUAUACGAUCAAAAACUUUAGCCCGCAGACGUUUGAGAGCGUGAAGCGGCAGCGGUUGAUUGAGGAGGGCAGGAAGGCGAUGGAGUGGAAGAAAGAGAAGGGUAGGAAGGAGCAGAAGAGAAAGGAACAAGAGAAGAGGGAGCAGGACAAGGAGAACAAGCAGGAGAGGAUGGAGUAA